AUGUACGCAAUCAUAACAAAAAUCGCUAAAAAUACUUCUCAAGCUAAAAACAUCAAGAGGGUCAUGUGUCUAUACAUUACAGGUCACCUUAAUACCAUUUUCACUAGUGAACAUCGUAAGGAAAUUUUUCGUUACAUACAUUAUCAUCAGAAUGAAGAUGGUGGGUGGGGACUGCAUGUAGAGGGCCCUAGCUCAAUGUUUGGGACAGCAUUUAACUACAUUUGUUUGCGUUUACUUGGAGAAGAAUUGCCUAAAGAUGGUCAAGAUAAUGCUUGUGCAAGAGCAAGAAAAUGGAUUCUUGACCAUGGUAGUGUAACAAACAUACUCUCUUGGGGAAAGACUUGGCUUUCGAUAUGGUGCUAUUCUCGAUUGGUUUAUAUGCCUAUGUCAUAUUUGUAUGGAAAAAGAUUUGUUGGUCCCAUCACACCACUUAUUCUACAAUUGAGGGAGGAACUUUAUGCUCAACCUUAUAAUGAAAUCAAUUGGAGGAAUGCACGUCAUCAAUGUGCUAAGGAGGAUCUUUAUUGUGAACGUCAUUGGGUACAAAAUUUUGCAUGGGAUAGUCUGUACCUAUUUGUCGAGCCUCUUUUGAGUCGUUGGCCUUUGAAAAAAUUUAUAAGAGAAAAAGCUCUUCAAGUAACCAUGAAGCAUAUUCAUUACGAAGAUGAGAAUAGUCGAUACAUUACUAUUGGAUGUGUAGAAAAGGCGUUAUGUAUGCUUGCAUGUUGGGUUGAAGAUCCAAAUGGUGACUAUUUCAAAAGGCAUCUUGCUAGGGUUCCAGACUUCAUAUGGAUUGCUGAAGAUGGAUUGAAGAUACAAAGUUUUGGUAGCCAAUCGUGGGAUGCUACUUUUGCAAUUCAAGCUUUUCUUGCAAGUAACCUUGUUGAUGAAAUUGGACCAACUUUGGCUAAAGGUCAUGACUUCAUUAAGAAAUCUCAGGUUAGUGCUAAUUCAAAAGUUUAA